AUGCUGCGGCUGACGGUAGCGUGCCCUGUGUCCUGUGUGGUGUGUGCCCAAGAUGUAACCCUGUGUCACCAGCUAUCUUACAUCGUAGCAGUUCCUGUGACCACAAGGGUAUUAGUCAUCACUGAUGGGCACCUGUCCUCCAUACAGAGCACAAACCUGUCUAUCUUGCUGAAUCUGGCCCUGCUCUCUCUGAGCAGGAACGCCAUUGUGGGUAUCCAGGAAGAGGCUCUGCAUGGCCUCACCAAGAUGAGAAUGCUGUUGCUGGGCCACAACCGCAUCUCCAGCUCUUCUCUCCCUGAUCACACCUUCAGCAAGCUGAGGGCCCUGCAGGUCCUGGUUCUGAGCAACAAUGCCCUGGGCACCCUGCGCGGGUCCUGGUUCCGCAACACCAGGUCCCUGACCCGGCUUCUGCUGGAUGGGAACCGGAUCACUAACCUCACACACAGUUCUUUUGGAGACACAAGCCUACAUAGGCUCAGGCACCUGGACUUAUCUAACAAUUUUAUUUCCUACAUUGAGAAAGAUGCUUUCCAGCCCCUGCCUCAACUACAGGAAGUAGACCUUUCUCGAAACAGGCUGGCUCACAUGCCAGAUGUUUUCACCCCGCUGAAGCAGUUGAACCUUCUAAGCUUAGAUAAGAACCAGUGGAGAUGCACUUGUGACCUUCAGCCCCUGGCCCGCUUCCUUGGGAACUUUGUGAGGUCAUCUGCUCGAACACUUCGCAAUGCCAAAGACCUAAAUUGUCAGGUAUCUGCCCCAGCAGUGGCAGCUGCAAAGAGUGUGCUGAGGUUGUCUGAGAUAGACUGUGAUGCCAAAGCUCCCAACCUCACUGUGUCUCUGAAGGACAGACGUCCCCUCCCCCCACAGCAGGAUGUGGCCCUGAUGACUGUCCUGGGCUUUGCAGGAGUUGUUGGUCUCACUUGCACGGGGUUAGUUGUAUUUAACUGGAAACUCCAACAAGGCCAAGCAAAUGAAGACACAUCAGGAAACCUCUGUUGCAGAACUUUCAAUGAAUCCCUGUGUGCUCAUGAGGCAAGAAAUUACCACACUAUGGGAUACUGUAACUGCCACUUAACUCAAGAAAACGAGCUAAAGGUCAUGUCUAUUGUGAAGUCUAGAAAGGAAAAGCCACUUUUACAGGAAAACAGCCAUCAAGCAACAUUGGUAUCUGAGUCCACAGCCCUGGAUGGAUCAUUUAGAAACCUGAAAGGGAAAGAGAGUACUUCCUCUCAUUCCAAUGGUAGAUUGCUCCAUGCAGGAUGCUCGGGGAAUAGGGCAGCUUUUAAUGAUGCAGGCUCAGCUGCAAGACAUUGUACAGAGAAACCUGACAAGCUAAGGAACAUUCAGCCUGAAGAUGUCCAUUCUCAAACCCCAGCUCAGCAUGUAGCAAGAACAUUAGAUAUCAGCAGUGACACAUCCGGAAGAGGAUGUGCAGCAUUCCAUUCAGCUUUGGAAAGAGAAGGUCUUGGGAAACAUUUAACAAAUGAAUCAUGGCAGCUUCCAAUAGGAAAGAGAGACAAUGCCUUACAACCUCACAGGCAGAGAUGCAUGGUGACAAGCUCAUCACCCAAGUCCCAGGAGCCCAAAGGACACUGCCUAGAAAACAGCUUAUGUAAACAUACAUCAAAAUAUGAUGGCCCUUGUGGGCUGUUCAAGUGGAACAUGCCUGCGUCAUUUCAGCCAGACAAUCCUCUUAUCUGUAAAUACGUGCCCUAUGACCAACUUCAAUGUUAUCUGAAAAGAAAGAAGCCAAGACACAGAGGGCAUUUGGACUCUGAUAGAGUGCAGACCCAAGUGAACAGAGCUAUAGGAGAAUUCCCUAGGGGUGAGGCUACCAGAGAUAUGCUGAGGUCAUCAGCAAAACCCAAGAAAACACCUUCUACAAAGAGCAAUAGCUUCCAUGAUCCUGAUUUGGUGGGGAGAAAAAGGUUGCUUCUAUCACACAAACCAUCAACCCACUGGAAGCAGCCAGGAAAUCUAAGUGACCACUUUGAUAUCCCAAAAUGGACUCACUUGGAGAAGAACAAAGAUGGAAGCGAAUGGAUUAUGGACCCACAGGUUCAGACAAAGAAGAGACAUAGGCAAUCUGAUCUGAAAGGGAAAAUUAAAGGAAAAAAUUUAAGGAUAAAAUUAAAUUUACAUCCUUUCAGAAAAAUUAGAGUCCACCCUGAAAAUCCUUUGCCAGAACUUCCAAAGAAACAUAAACAAACACCAUUAUCUAAGAAAUUAGCCAGAUCCUCAAAACCUGUGUCUUCUGCCAACUUCCCCCAGCAGCCAGAGAGUAACAGCUGUGUAAAACUCACUUCCACAGAACUACCUCUCCAACAUGCCCUAGACCAGAGACCCAAGCACAGGAGGGCGAACACGCCUCCCCUCAGUGCUCCCAGCUGCUCUUCUGGAAACCAGGUCUCUGUGCAGGAAAGUCAUUAUGCAUCCACUCACGCUCCUCAUGGAGACAAGUCAACAGUGCCUCCACCUACCCCUUGGGAUGCUGAGCACUGGGACUCACACCCUCACUCCUCAGCUGAGCAAAAGGAAAAUGCUUCUCAGCUGGGAUCAGAAGUCCCCAGUACCUCCCCACGCUGCUGGGGAGAUGCAGGCAGUGACUUACCAUCUCCACAUCCCAGGCCUGCUGACCUCACAGCAGCAGAGUGCGAACUUAAGACUCAUGUGCAGAACUGGCUCUCGUUGCCCCUCAGGAACCAAACACCAAUUCCAGGUGACCACACAAAUGGCAUCUACAGCAAGGAGCACACUUCAGAUCAAAAUCAAGCUUUACAGGCUGAGGACCAAAACCCAAGUCAUGAACAACUUGGAAAGGAAGACCGAAUGUUAAUGGGAAAAUCCAAAAUACCACCAACUGAAACAGUGGAAAGUUGUGUUGUGGACAAGGAAAGAAAUGGUAUAGGAAAAGAACUCCCAAACACUGAAAGCUAUGAUUCUUCUCCCAUUCCCUGGGCACAGUCCAAGAGCAGCCCACCAUUUAUGUUGACAGAUUCUAGUGCACACGAAAAUAAGACAGAGCGUCCCAAGGAGAUCAGCACUUCUCCUGGUUUUCAAGGCACUCGGUGUCCAAACACUAGCAGUGACAGAGGAACUCACAACAUGGAUGCGCUGUCAGGACAUCACCACCCUGAAGCACGAAAGACAGACACAGGAGAGAAAGGAGAGGAAGAGGGGAGCAAUAGCAGCUGGGAAGCAAGGAGAGCUUCCCUCUUUCCUGAGCUAAAAAACAUUAAUUUUAAGGCAGAAAAUGAAGGGCCUUUAAUUCCUAAAAGGCAAAGUGAAGCAGAAAACUCUGCUACUAACCCUGCCCUGGGCCCACCAUGAGCUGGCUAUGCUAACAUCUCUUUAGAGGCAGAGUAGAUGAGAACAAAAUCACUAGGAUAGUAAUCACCCCACUUUAUAAAGCUCUCUUCAAAAGGACCCAGCAACACCCCAGCCUUUGCAUGGAUUUACAAUGCGCUGUCCGUGAGAACAGUAAGUCUUCAUUCCUCAUGAAGGACAUGUUCACAGUUGACGACGAAACUAUCUCUCUCUCUCCCUCUCAAAGAUGCAGCUCUGGAAUCAAUUGUUUGGCUCAGUUAACUGGACAUGCUUUGUCCAAGAAUGGGAAAGCAAGGCUUUUCCUGGUGCUGAAAAGAAAGAAGGAGGGAGCCA